UGUAGAUACUUUAGAAGAAGAGCCAAUGAAUCCUGAUAAGUUCACCCACAAGACAAAUGAAGCCAUUGCCGGGGCGCAUGAACUAGCAAUGAGUGCUGGUCAUGCACAGUUCACUCCUCUUCACCUUGCAGUCGCUUUAUUAUCUGAACCCAGUGGCAUUUUCUCUCAAGCGAUUAGCAACGCUGGCGGUGAAAAUGCUGCUCAGUCUGCAGGAAGAGUGUUCAAUCAAGCCAUGAAGAAACUCCCUUCUCAAACCCCACCGCCUGAUGAAAUUCCGGCCAGUACUACUCUUAUCAAAGUAAUUAGACGGGCCCAAGCAGCACAAAAGUCUCGUGGUGACACCCAUCUUGCUGUUGAUCAGUUAAUUCUAGGACUUCUGGAGGAUUCUCAGAUUGGAGACUUGUUAAAGGAAGCUGGGGUUGCCACGGCAAGAGUGAAAUCUGAGGUGGAGAAACUUCGUGGGAAGGAAGGCAAGAAGGUGGAGAGUGCUUCUGGGGACACUACAUUUCAAGCUUUGAAGACUUAUGGGAGAGACCUUGUUGAACAAGCAGGAAAGCUUGAUCCAGUCAUUGGCCGAGAUGAAGAAAUUAGGAGGGUCGUUAGAAUCCUCUCAAGGAGGACUAAGAACAAUCCGGUCCUCAUUGGAGAGCCUGGAGUUGGUAAAACUGCUGUGGUCGAAGGGUUAGCUCAGAGAAUUGUACGAGGAGAUGUUCCUAGUAAUCUUGCUGAUGUGAGGCUUAUUGCGUUGGAUAUGGGUGCUCUGGUUGCGGGUGCAAAGUACAGGGGAGAAUUUGAGGAGAGGUUGAAAGCUGUCUUGAAAGAGGUGGAGGAAGCUGCGGGCAAAGUGAUUUUGUUUAUUGAUGAAAUUCACCUUGUACUUGGAGCUGGUCGAACUGAGGGAUCAAUGGAUGCUGCUAACCUCUUCAAGCCCAUGCUUGCAAGAGGCCAGCUUCGGUGCAUUGGUGCUACCACACUUGAGGAGUAUAGGAAGUAUGUGGAGAAAGAUGCUGCGUUUGAGAGAAGGUUUCAACAAGUUUAUGUGGCCGAGCCUAGUGUCCCUGAUACUAUUAGCAUCCUUAGAGGAUUGAAAGAAAGGUAUGAGGGUCACCAUGGUGUCCGCAUUCAGGAUCGUGCUCUUGUUGUUGCCGCACAGCUAUCAGCUCGUUACAUUACUGGACGUCAUCUCCCUGAUAAAGCAAUUGAUUUGGUUGAUGAAGCCUGUGCCAAUGUGAGGGUGCAGCUUGAUAGUCAACCUGAGGAAAUAGACAAUCUUGAGAGGAAGAGAAUGCAAUUGGAAGUUGAACUUCAUGCUCUAGAAAAGGAGAAAGAUAAAGCUAGCAAAGCCCGUCUUGUUGAAGUCCGGAAAGAACUUGAUGAUCUGAGGGACAAGCUUCAACCACUAAUGAUGAAGUAUAGAAAAGAGAAGGAAAGGAUUGAUGAGAUAAGGCGGCUUAAGCAAAAGAAGGAAGAGCUCCUCUUUGCACUGCAAGAGGCUGAAAGAAGAUAUGAUUUGGCCAGAGCUGCUGAUUUGAGAUAUGGGGCAAUUCAAGAAGUGGAAUCUGCCAUAGCACAGCUUGAAGGAAACACUAAUGGAAACACAGAUGAAAACGUAAUGCUGACUGAGACUGUUGGACCAGAACACAUCGCUGAGGUGGUGAGCCGCUGGACUGGCAUUCCUGUUACAAGGCUUGGCCAGAAUGAUAAAGAGAGGUUAAUUGGGCUAGCUGAGAGGUUGCACAAGAGAGUGGUCGGACAAGAUGAUGCAGUUAAUGCGGUUGCUGAGGCUGUGUUGAGGUCAAGGGCAGGACUUGGUAGGCCACAACAACCUACUGGCUCAUUCCUCUUCUUGGGUCCAACUGGUGUUGGUAAAACUGAGCUUGCUAAGGCGCUUGCCGAGCAACUCUUUGAUGACGAAAACCUUCUGGUGAGAAUCGACAUGUCAGAGUACAUGGAACAGCACUCUGUAUCACGGCUAAUUGGUGCGCCACCUGGGUAUGUCGGACAUGAAGAAGGCGGACAACUUACAGAAGCUGUGAGGCGGAGGCCUUAUAGUGUUGUACUGUUUGAUGAAGUGGAGAAAGCGCACAUAGCUGUGUUUAAUACUCUUCUUCAAGUUCUGGAUGAUGGAAGAUUAACAGAUGGUCAAGGCCGCACUGUUGAUUUCCGAAAUACAGUGAUCAUCAUGACUUCAAACCUGGGAGCUGAGCACCUCUUAUCGGGACUAAUGGGCAAGGUGUCAAUGCAAGUUGCCCGCGAUCGAGUUAUGCAAGAGGUGAGGAAGCAUUUCAGGCCAGAGCUUCUGAAUCGGCUCGACGAAAUUGUAGUUUUUGAUCCUCUCUCUCAUGACCAAUUGAGGAAAGUUGCUAGGCUCCAAAUGAAGGAUGUCGCGAUCCGCCUUGCCGAAAGGGGUGUAGCUUUGGCUGUUACGGAUGCUGCAUUGGAUAUUGUAUUGGCCGAGAGCUAUGAUCCAGUUUAUGGUGCUAGGCCUAUCAGGAGAUGGCUUGAAAAGAAGGUGGUGACGGAGCUAUCAAGAAUGCUACUGAGGGAGGAGAUUGAUGAGAACUCGACGGUAUACAUUGAUGCAGGCCCACAUGGGGAUGAUUUGGUGUACCAGGUGGAUAAAAACGGAGGAUUCGUCAAUGCAGCCACUGGACAAAAAUCUGAUGUAUUGAUCCAAAUCCCGAAUGGACCGAGAAGUGAUGCUGCUCAGGCAGUGAAGAAGAUGAAGAUUGAGGAGAUUGAAGAUGAUGAGGAGAUGGUUGAGGACUAAAAACAUGCAGAGUUUUGAAAGGCGUUUGAGAGAGAGCAUUUUGUGGUUGUGUCUUUUGAAGUGAAGAAAUAAUAGUGUUCUCUUUUUAAAGUUGAUGUAAUUUUUUGAUGUUUUGAGUUGGUUGAAUUGUAAAAAUAUGGGGCUAUCGUCCCCUUGUGUUUUGUUUAUAGGAAUUUCUCUUAACUGA